AUGCGCGUGGAGCGGAUUCUCCUCAUCUUGUCGCUGGGCCUCCUUCUGAUACUGAUGUCUCUCAGCAAUCAGUCGAAAUGUCCCUCGCCCCUAGCAGAAGCAGGGCAACGCACUGCGGUUCCUUCAGAUCCUACAGCGACUGCCAUGGCGACUCCUGUGGUUCCGACUGCCAGCCCGGGCCAAACCACGACAAGCCGCCUCCGGACCUUGGUGGAGGCCAUGAAAGGCGCUGGAACAGACAAGGGUCCCUAUGGUCACAGGUACUAUCGCUAUUACCGGAGGUGGUUUGCAGAGUUUCAGCAACAACCAGGUCUGAAACUUCUCGAAAUAGGUGCCCAGCAAGGUGGAUCGCUUUUGGCUUGGAGUCGUUUCUUUACAGAUCCAGAGCUCAUUAUGGGCUUGGCCUAUGGUGACAUGACAGAGGGAGUUGAAGGACGGGCCAAAAACAUGAGCAAGGUUACAGUUCAUUUUGGUGACCAGGGCAAGAACGAGACCAUGCAGUAUCUCCGUGAAGCAGGACCUUGGGAUGUGAUCAUUGAUGAUGGAUCGCAUUAUCCACCGCACAUGAUUUUUGGUUUUUUUCAUUUGUGGACUUCUGUCAGGGCUGGUGGCAUGUAUGUGAUUGAAGAUCUAGAGACAAACUAUUGGCGAAAUGGAAGCAGAAUGUACGGCUAUACCAUGUUGGGCGAAGGAUUUUUCAACGGGCCGAACUUCUCGGCUGUUUCUAAACUGCAGCAGUUCCAGCACGUUCUUGUGCGCCAUCAAAUCGGAGCCCGGGAGCUUAGUAUUAUGGAUGGCGAUCAUGAUAUUUGUUCCCUGGAGUGGGGUAUGAACAUCGUGGCGAUCAAGAAGUGCAGUGAAGACGAAAAGGCCAACAACCCACCAUAUCGAAACAACACUGCCAAGGGCUUCUACAAGCCGGAGAUCUUGACGAAAUGGAUUAGACAGGCAAAAUCCACGAACCCAUAUGUAUAG